AUGUCGACCUUUUCCUCUCAGCCGAUCGUGAUUGACGGCAAGGGCCACCUGCUGGGUCGCCUGGCGUCGAUCAUCGCAAAGCAGAUCCUCAACGGACAAAAGAUUGUUGUCGUCCGAUGCGAAGAGGUCAACAUCAGCGGCAGCUUCUUCCGCAACAAGCUCCGGUACCACAACUUCCUGCACAAGCGCCACAUUGUGAACCCGAAAAAGUCGGGACCGUUCCACCACCGUGCUCCCUCGCGCGUGCUCUUCAAGGCGAUCCGCGGCAUGCUCCCCCACAAGACUGCGCGUGGAGCUGCUGCCAUCGAGCGUCUGAAGAUGUUCGAGGGUGUUCCUCCCCCCUACGACCGCAAGAAGAAGAUGGUCGUUCCCGAGGCCCUCCGUGUCUUGAGGCUCAAGCCGGGCCGCAAGUACUGCACCGUCAAGCGUUUGUCGCACGAGGUCGGCUGGGGAUACAAGGAUGUUGUCGAUCGUCUGGAGGAGAAGCGAAAGGUCAAGGCAAAGGCUUUCCACGAGCGCAAGAUUGCCGCCCUCAAGCUCCGCCAAAAGGCAGUCCAGGAUCAGGCUCCGUCCUACGAGAAGCUCACAGCGCUCGGUCACUAG